UGCCCUAUCGUUAAGUUUUUGUUAACUAAAGAAGGAAAUUUCUCUUCCUCCAAUCCUCUUAGAAUCAAACAAGCUAUCAUACUCGAUCAUGGAAAUCAAAAACCAGGAAGAGAAGGAGAAGAAAGAUUCGGUUUCAUCCCAACCUCAGGGGAUUCCAACAAUUCAACUACCAAGCAAUUUACUGAGCAUCAAUGAUUAUGGAAAAUUUGUUUGGGCUUUAUGCUCUUUACCGAUAAAAGCAUCUUUCCUUGAUCAUAUCGGUCCGAUCUAGGAUGAUAUUCUCUACUGGGUUCAAUUCUCUUUGAUCCUAGAACCUGACAGUCAGAUGAAUAGAAUUGUUGCCGGAAACAAGGAAUCGGUUUCAUCCCGAUCGAUUGGGGAACCUGUCAAGGAGAUAAAUAGUGUUAUCCUGGGUAAGGAUGAUUUUCAGUUUCAACCCAAUCAGUUGUCAAGGAGAUGAGUAGCUUCAUCAGUUUUAUCCCAAUCUGAUGAUUCAAAACUAGGGAAUCCUUAAUGAAGGAUAGGACUUUAUCCCACAAAAACUGGUUUCCCAGAUGUAUGAAAUGACUGACUGUUUUGUGAUACUAAAUCUUAUUUUCCACAGUAUUAAAGUUUCAGAGACUGUUUUACCUCGGUUGAAGGUAUGGUGCUGCUGGUAAUCAACUGAUAUUGUUUACCUACUUAUUUGCCAGGGGACUCUGAUUCACAUUUCUUCUGUCUUCCCAGCUUGGUCCCUUGGCAGAGCCAUUGGAGUUGAGGCUCAGCAGAAAAAGACCAAUUCCUUUAUUUGACUCGUGUUGGGAUCAAUACCAUGAAUAUAGACAUCACUGAAAUGAGAUCUGCUGCAACCUCUGGCUGCAGAAUCUCCAACCUGGCCAUGUCACCUACCUUGUUUCAGUUCCCGCCAGAGAAGUUGCAAUGUCUAUCUUACCUUUUCUUUUAAUUUCCCUUUUUUCCUAGGGUUUUACAUUGUUGAUGAAAGAACAUUAAACAAAUAAGAAUUUAAAUUAUUAGAAAGUAUUCAUAACUUAACUAAUUCAUGUCUCUGCUCUGUUUUGGUUUCUUGUCAAGAAAAUGAAAAAUUAGAAGCUAGUUGGAUAUCUUAUCACAGGAAAAAUUUUGUAGAUUGAUUGUAUGAGGACAACAUCCUGUUGCAGUUAUUGCUGAGAGGGUGUGUCUUUGGCUGCUGUUUAUAGAGAGGAAUGGGAUCUCCAGCAGAGCAUUACUCAUGGAGAAUUGAAACAAAUGUUCCUCUUGCUCACCCUUUCAAUCUGGAAAAUCUCAAGUUUUUCAUCCGAAAGUAUCCGAAGAUCUCAAGUUUUUCAUCCGAAAGUAUCCGAAGAUCUCAAGUUUUUCAUCCGAAGGGACCCAAGUCACCUUUUCGUGAAUUAGAUAUGAAGGCCCCAAUAAGGAAACAGUUGGCCAAUAUUGUUAUCGUGGAAUAUCCUGUAAUUCAUGUUUUUCUCCCUUCACAUAGCUUUGAUUUUGAAGUUGAAGUUGUUAGAGAAGACCGAAGUGUUAAUAGACCAGAGCUCAAGGAUUCUGGCAGCAAUGAUAAUGGAAGCCCAAAAGGUGUUACCUUUCGCGAGGAGGAAAUUAAAGAAGACAACAACAGUGAUCCUCAAGUGUUUGAUAUCUUGAAGCAUGUGAAUUCAAGUCCAAAACACCAAAUCCACGGUCAAAAUAGGUUUGAGAAAUCAUCAAAUAACUCAGCAAAGGCUUUGUUGGGGAGCACUGGAGCAGGCAAAAGUUUGCAGUCCAGCUCGCAUGCCAAGGAAUCAAUAGAUUUAGAAGACAUGAAAAUCGAUUUUGAUCAAGGUUUAUUAGAUAUAUUCUCAGAUAUCAUGGCAGAAAUAAAUGAUGAUGAUUUUCUUCCUUUGAGAGCUGAAUUUGGCAAGGAACCAGAAACACAAGAAAAAGGAAACCUUCCAAAUUCGAAAGAAGAUUGCUUUCCUGAAGAGUUGGAGGAAGGAGAGAUUGCAGAUUAGUUGAUUAACUUUGUUUCCAAAAUGUUUAUUUACAAUCUGCUCUUCUUUUUAUAUACGAAUAUAUUAAUCUUUUUCUUGCUAGAAUUUUUUUUACAUGUCAUUAUUUAAUAAACUAACAUCUUAUGA